GUGGUGCUCUAGAAAAGUUCGAGAUUUGUGGUGGCAGGGAAUCCCUCCAAGUGUGAGAGGCAAAGUCUGGAGCUUAGCCAUUGGCAACGAGUUAAAUAUCACCCACGAGCUCUUUGACAUCUGUCUUGCCCGAGCCAAGGAGAGGUGGCGGUCCCUUAGCACAGGAGGUUCUGAAGUGGAGAGUGAAGAUGCUGGGUUGUCAGCAGCAGACAGAGAAGCUAGUCUGGAACUUAUUAAACUGGACAUUUCUAGAACGUUUCCUAAUCUCUGCAUUUUCCAGCAAGGUGGUCCGUAUCAUGACAUGUUGCACAGUAUUUUGGGCGCUUAUACUUGUUACCGACCGGAUGUGGGUUAUGUUCAGGGCAUGUCAUUUAUAGCAGCAGUAUUGAUCUUGAACUUAGAUACUGCAGAUGCCUUUAUUGCUUUUUCUAAUCUUUUGAAUAAACCCUGUCAAAUGGCAUUUUUCCGAGUGGAUCAUGGCCUUAUGUUGACUUAUUUUGCUGCAUUCGAGGUAUUCUUUGAAGAAAAUUUGCCAAAAUUAUUUGCUCAUUUCAAGAAGAACAACUUAACUCCAGACAUCUACCUAAUUGAUUGGAUCUUUACCUUAUAUAGUAAAUCUCUGCCCCUGGAUCUGGCCUGCCGUAUCUGGGAUGUGUUCUGUCGAGAUGGGGAAGAGUUCCUGUUCCGCACGGCCCUGGGCAUCCUGAAGCUGUUUGAGGACAUCCUGACCAAGAUGGACUUCAUCCACAUGGCCCAGUUCCUGACCAGGCUGCCUGAGGACUUGCCUGCAGAAGAACUGUUUGCUUCCAUUGCCACAAUUCAGAUGCAGAGUCGGAACAAGAAGUGGGCUCAGGUACUGACUGCUUUGCAGAAAGACAGCCGAGAAAUGGAGAAAGGGAGCCCAUCCCUCAGACACUGAGGCUGCAGAUGUGACUCGCACUCAGCACUGAAGCAGCGCUCCAGCGGCACCUGUGUUGGUUCAGACUGACACCCUGGCAGCUGAGAAGAACGGGGCCUCUUUUCAUGUUUGAUUCGUAACACUGGAAACACUGGAGUUGGCCUUAAAACAAACAAACAAGCAGAAAAAACUUCUAAAGAAUUAAACCAAGGCUUAGCCUUAAGAAGCUCAGUGGAACGAAGCCCUGGUGUUGGCCACGGCCAAGCACUGCGUUUUCUGCAUGGUUUAAAUAUAGGGCAGUGGCUAACUUCCUCCCUUCCUUUAUUUCAGCAAAAGUUGAUUAAAUUGUAAUGCUUUUAUGUCAA